AUGUGUCAAGUAUAUGAUUCUGAAGAUAAACUUAAACCUUUUGAGACCGAUCCGGUAAGAAAAUUAUUAAAAGAAAUUGCUUCACAGCAUUCAAAUACCUUGUCAGAAACUUCAAGUGAAAAGUUUUGUUUUUGUAACGAAGCUAGCAAACCACACUUACACCAAUUUUCUGAAAAAUUGCCUCUUAAUGAAAAUGAAGAAAAAUUAGAUAUCAAAACUGGUAUAAAAAAACAUCGUCGUCCUGAAUAUUUAACCUAUAUAGUAAAUGAAGAUGAUUAUAAUAUAAGAAAGACAAAUUUAAUCUUACAUCUUUGCACUAAUAGCACCGAAAAAAUGAAUAGUUCAUCGAAACAUGAUUAUCAAAGCUCUUGCUUACCUGAUAAAAAGAACACUGAUUUAAACAGUACAACUUGCGUAGACAAAACUACAACUGAAAUUUGUCAGAGCAAAUCUAAAGAUGCCUUAACAGAAUCAUGUAAUUCCGAUAAGCAAAAUAAAAAUUCCACCACAAAUUUGGCAGCUAAAACAGCAUCUUCAACAAACACACCUAAAUAUUCAUCCAGUUCCGAAAAUAUAAAUAAAAAGAAGCUAUCCGAAGGAAGCACUGAGUGUCUACCCAAAACUGCCUCAAAUACAUGUUGCUCAGCUCUAAAAUUACCUAAAUGUUCAUCAGAAACUAUACGUAAGGAAUCACCAAAACAAGAUUGUUGUUCAUUAGAUAAAACAAGAAAAUCCUUAACAGACUUUCAUAAGUGCUCAUCUCAAAUCAAAGAACAAACGCAAUCCUCCAAUAAGGAAAAUAUUUCUGCUACAGAAAGUAAAGACAACCUGAUUACUUCUGAACCGGUUCUAACAUGUAAUCCAGAGACUAAAAGAAAAAAUGAAAAAGAAUGUAAGACUAAACCUAGUUAUUGUUCGAAUACAUUAGAUGUAAAUGAUUUAGCGAUGCCGGAAGAACAUGCAUCUAGUUUUAGGCUUAUCAAAUGUCCUCCUACAAUUAAUAUAAACAACCUUAUUUACGAACAGCAAGAUCUAGAACAAGCGAUGAUAUGUACAGAUAUAGAAAAUUGUAGCGGUUCAAACGUAUUGCCAGAUUCUCACAGAAACUUUAAAGCUUAUUUUGGUCUAAAAGACAGCGGAGUAAAAUCAGAAAACGUACCAAAUAAUUUAAAAGUUAAUGUCAUACCAUCUAAUUCUAAUUUAGCCGAUAGUACCAUAAAAAUUAAAAUAGACCAAAAUGAAACAGUAUCUACAUGCGUAACCACCUCGGACGAUUUCACCUCAAUUGCCAAGGACUUUUUUGGAAAUAUAUACAAGAGAACCAAAGACGCUAUGACUGCAAUCACAUCUGAAAGUGCAAGAUUUCUUAAUUUAGUCAGACGAACAUCUGAAUCAUGUAACACGGAUAGAAUAUUAACGCCACCUAAAAUUUGUGAAAACAAAAGUGUGGAAACACCUUUUAGCUAUUUGCAGCAAAGGAAGGAAAGUGGUAGUUUAACGAUGACUGAUCAAAGCACUACUUAUAUGAGUAACACAGCAAUUAUCAACAGGAUCACUACUGAGUCAUCGGAAUCUUUACUGAAAUACUGUACGUGUAAUAAAACAUUAGCACCGGAAUUUUCUGACAUAAUUCUUGAAGAACCAGCCCCACCAUCGAACAGCGUUUUCACAACAAUAAAAUCAAAAAUAUUUUCCAUCUUUCGGGAAGACUGCGACAAAGUUAGUACGAUGUUAAAAUUAAAUAACUCCAAGACGAGUAUGCAAUCGAAUGAUUUCGAAGAAACAGGUGAUAGCCAACUAAGUAUCAUAGACGAAAUUGUUCUACAAAAACCAACAUAA